UAUCUGAAAUUUUAUGUUGACACGUGGGAGCCGACUUUUCAAUAACCGUCUCCUUUUAUCUCGAGUCCAGAACAUAAACAAUCACAAAUUCUUGCACGAUGGUGAAUCACGUGACCAUGGCGUGAGGAAUUCCAAGCAACGGCAGUUUACAUCCCAGCGAAGAGUGGUCCGCGCGCGAAGAAUGGCUCGACUUGGAUUGCUGUUGAUGACAGUGACAUGGACACUUUCUGCCGAGAGCGAGGGCAAAGUGUGGAUAUUCUCCGUCAGCGCGAACCGCCGACCUUUCAACUAUGCGGAUGAGACUGGGAAACUUGUGGGAUUUGAUUUGGACCUCAUAAACAAAGUGUGUUCCACGGCUGGCGUGAAGUGUGCGCCCACAGUACAACCCUUCUCUGAGUGUAUACAGACUGUCGACGGUCGCUUCUUUCCAGGGCGAGGUUUAAUGUCCGGCUGGUUUGACGCGUGCAUGGGUUACACAAUCACCCAGGAACGGGUCAACGCUGUCCAGUUCACGAACCCCUAUAUCCAGACUUACGCCAAGUUCACGGUCAAGCCGGGCAACCCCCGUGGGGUCAACCUGAACACCCUGUCACAAGCCACAAUCACUCAUCUGAACGGUGCCUACACCAACCAGCAAUGUCUGAACCGGCUCAACUACUCCGUCAGCGGGGUGGUCGUUGCUCCCAACCUUCCUGUGGCAAAGGAGCUGGUUCUAAACGGCACGGUCGACGCAGCAUUCUCACCAAGGUCGAGAAUACCUGACCUUGAGACGCUGGACAUCACCCUUCAGUGUGACCUUGGUGGCGUGGCUGUCAUGGUAACAAAGGGAAGUACGCUCUCUGAUUGGUGGAACCCAGCUUAUGAAAAGUUCGUAAAGUCGGGAGAAUAUCAGAAAAUGUGUGAAGCAUGGCGGUCCAGGUCAACAUUGUCUAUCAAAUGCUUCGAGGAUGCAAGCCAUGCAGAGGUGAAAGCGAGUUGCCAAACUGUAGCAGUGGUCAGUUGGUGUUUGACUGUCACAAUGCUGCUGGUCAGUCUCUAUAAUAGCGGGUUCCGGAGAUAACCAGCGUCCUUCGGUCCAGAAAACAGGAAACACUUCUAACGGACGUUACACAGGAUGCCCAGUCUCAAAUACGGCACCGAAAUGGCAGGAACUUCUUGCCGAUAUAAAACUCAGUCGUAUUCCAUUAAGUUCAUAUUAUACAUGACACUAGAAUACAGUAAAACUCCGUUAAUCCGGACACCUUAUUAUUAACGCCUAUGUGUAUGCAUGAAGGACACAGUGCUGUAUCAAUAACCAAACAAAUCUCAAUGUGAACAGUACCCCCAAACAAAGGCAGCUGUUCUGUUGACAGAACCAAUAACAACGUCCGAUUAUGAAGGUUAUACUCCGGAUAUAACGAACCCCUUUCUUGACAUUUCGUUUUAACCGAUUCAAAAGCACCUCUCCUCUGUGUUGACCUGUGUUUAGUACUUCAGCAAUAGUCCACCUCUUUCACGUGACACAUUUUGUAUGUCGUAUAUUUUAUAUAAGUAAAUAAACCUUUUAGUU